AUUCAGAAGCUGUUUGAACACGAUAUUUCGUCCGGGCUUAGGUUUACAAUUGAAAUUUUAACAAGAGAAAAAAGUAAUAAAUAACUUCAACAUCAACUGGAAAACUGUAAUUUUUAAUUUAUGUUAUUCUUUUCAAAAGUAAAAUAAGACUUUAAAUAAAAAGAAACAAAAAGAAGAAACAGGCUAUAAGGAAAAAAUGCUUGCUUCAAGGGUUAUUACCCUCUAUAUUCUUAUUACAAUAGCUUGGGUCGUCAAUGGACAAUCAAAAUGUCGGGGAGAUAUAGGAUUAAUUAUUGAUGAUUCGGGUUCAAUAACGGAUACUGAUCCGCCAAGCAUGCAAAAUUGGAUAGACGUAAAAAACUUUAUUUUCAAAAUAAUUGAUAAGUUUGAGGUAACCGGAGACAGAGGAACUCAUUUUGCAGCUAACAGAUUCAGUAACAGAGCAAAUGUUGUUUUUCAACUUAAUCAAUAUACGAGUAAGAGUGAUUACAAAAAUGCUAUUGAAAGAAUGAGAUAUAGUGGUGGUAAUACAAAUACUUCUGGAGGUUUGUUAACUAUGCUCGAUGAACAAUUUACUGAAGCAAAUGGUAACCGACCGGACGCCCGUGAUAUUUUUAUCUUGAUAACUGAUGGUAAACCAACAAGAGAUAUUGAAAAAACACCUCAAGUAAUCAAAAGAAUUCACGAUAUGAACAUCCGUUUAAUCGGAGUUGGUGUAACAGCUUUUGUUAAUGAAACACAAAUGAGAGAAUUUGUAAGAGAUCCGGACUGUACCGUCAACCCAAAUCAUCGAUAUUGUCCUAAAGAGACAAAUGAAUAUGCCAAUUCUUAUCUUGAAGUUGAACGAUUUGAUCAACUUGAUGGUAUUUUAGAUGAUUUGAUUGAAGGCUCUUGCGCUACUUUGAAACCAACCACACCAGCGACCGCACAACCACGCUUUUCAACUCUUCCCGCACCAGGAUUCUGCUUAAAAACAGCAGAUAUUCUUUUCAUGCUUGAUGCUUCCGGUUCCAUGGGCUACGAUAACUUUAUGAGACAAAAGGAAUUCGUUAAAUCUAUAAUAACCGAUUUUACAAUAGGUACACGAUCUACAAGAGUCGCUGUUGUAACAUUUACAGGAGACGCAACAGUCAACUUUAGGCUUAACGCUUUUAACAGUAGAGAAGAUAUUAUCAAAGCUAUUGACGCUAUUCAAUUCAAAAGAAACGGCCAAACGAGAACUGAUAGAGCUAUUGCUAGAGCUUACAAUGAUAUAUUCCAACGAGGUAAUGGUGCUAGAGAUGAUCAGCCAGAUAUCGUUGUUCUCCUCACUGAUGGUGGUUCCAACUCAAAAAGAGAAACUAUGCGCGAGAUUCAUAUAGCAAAAACUCGUGGUUUACACUUUAUUGUUCUCGGAAUUGGAAAAUGGCUCGAUAUAUACGAACUCCAGAGUUUAGCUAGUUAUUCCCACGAAGAAAAUUUGAUACGUAUCGAUAGUUACAGAAACUUACCUAGUGUCAGAACAAGACUUAGGAAUCUUGUUUGCCGCAAUAUUGACCCUUGUCAAGGACAAUCUUGUAGUGGGCGAGGUCAAUGUGUUAGCGGUGCAGGAUCGUUUACUUGUAAAUGUAAUACUGGUUUCGGUGGUAGAACGUGUAAUAGAAAAUGUCAAAAGGACACAAUGGAUUUGGCAAUUGCUCUAGACUCUUCUGGCUCAAUGCAAAAGAUGCACUUUAGAAAAACGCAAGACUUUGUAAACGAUAUAAUAUUGGGUGUAAAUGUUCCAAACUCGAGGAUCUCUGUUCAAAAAUUUAGUACGGAUACAAACACGAAAUUCUAUUUAGAUCAAUUUAGUGAUCGACAAGAAUAUUUAAAUGCAAUGAACUUUUACUUUGACGGAGGAAAGACGGAGACAAAUUUAGCUCUGGAAGAAAUGAGAAGUAAUCAGUUAAAAAGAGGUCAAAGAUCAAAUGUUAGAAAAGUCGGUGUAUUAUUAACCGAUGGAAAAAGUAAUAAACCAGACAAGACUUUUGAACAAGCAGUCAAACUGCGAAAUGAAAUCGAUGGAGCUACCAUACUAGGAGUUGCAAUUGGUAAUGCAAAUGAAGAUGAAAUGAAGGCAAUUGUUAAUUCACCAACUGAUAGAAAUCUGUUCAAAGUUCCAAAUUUCGAUAGUUUUAAUCAAAUUAGCAACCAACUUUUGGAUGCAGUUUGCGAUAAUACGAAUGAAUGCCAAAACAAUCCUUGUGCAAAUAGUGGAACUUGUGUAGAUAAGGUUGGUGGUUUUGAGUGCCUAUGUCCUCCAGCAUUCCGUGGUUCGAGAUGUCAAACCAACAUUGGAAACUGGUUUGAUUUAGUUAUUGUACUAGACGUUUCAGGAUCUAUUAGAAGGGAAAGGUUACGUCUAGUUAAGGAUUGGGUUAUUAGCUUUUUGGAUGAUUUACCAAUUGAUCAAGAAAGAAUUAGAGUUGGUCUACUCAAAUAUAGUGACAGUGCUGCAAUUGAAUUCCAAUUGAACACAUAUAAAUCGAAACAAGAUGUUCUUGAACACAUUAGAAGAGUAGAGUUUGUUGGUGGAAGAACACAUACCGCCGAAGCUUUGAGAGUGAUGCACCAAACAAUGUUUACAAGUGGUAAUGGCGAUAGAUCGGGAAGUCAAUUUCCAAAUUACGCUUUAGUAUUUACCGAUGGAAGCUCAAACAUCAAUGCCGCUCAAACUAUACCUGAAGCUAUCAAUUCAAAAAUAAAGGGUAUCCACAUAACUGUUGUAUCAAUCGGAAAUAUGGUUAACUGGGUAGAAGUCAGAGGAAUCGCUAGUGAACCAUGGGAUCGCAACAUUAUCCAAAUUCGUAGUCAAUCUGAACUUUCCAACUAUCGUUCAACUGUUCUUACUGCAUUCAGUAACAACCAAAAUGAAUGUAAUGGUGCUUGCCGAAACAAUGCUCAAUGUGACGAUAUGUUGUACGGUUUUAACUGCAGAUGUCAAGGAAGUUGGGGAGGAGAAAGAUGUGAUCGUCAAUGCUCAAGAUCAAAAGACGUAACCUUCAUUGUUGAUGUGUCGGGAUCCGUAGAUAAUUUGUUUAACGUUACAAGAAAUAUUAUUAAAAGAGUUAUCCAUGGACUUCCAAUGCAAAACGGUAGAUUCCGAUUCGCAAUGGUUUCGUAUUCGGAUAGAGCAGAAGUCAACUUUUAUCUAAAUACUUAUGAUAAUAAACUUGGUCCCUUAUACUCAUUGGCUUGGAGUACAACUGGAGGAAGAACGAAUGCGGCUGAAUCCAUUCGUUUAGCUUAUAACAAUGUAUUUAACGGAGGAAGAGGCGAUAGAGGUGGCUCGGAUAAUGUAGCAAUAAUUUUUACCGAUGCCAAAUCCAACGUCAACGCUGGAAAUACAAGAAAUGAAGCAAGAAAUAUGAGGCAAAGAAAUAUAGAAGUGUUUGUCGUUGCGCUUGAUGAUCCUCAAAAACAAUCUGUAGCAAAUAUGAAUGAAGCAAACGAAAUGGCAUCAGAUCCAGAUAGUUCUCAUGUAUACAGAGUGAGGAGGGAAAAUGAAGUUAAUCAAGCCGCUGAUCAGCUUAUAUCAUGGAUUUGCCAGUGA